UCCUAUCCCUGAGCUCGGCCUCCUUAUUAUAUUCUCCAUGAGCCUAGCCUUAAGGUUUUUUUUGUAUCAUUCAAGAAUCGAAAAAUGAAUAAUUAAUAAAAUACGAAUAAUUUUUUUUUUAUUCUGUAAUUUUGAAAAUAUUCUCAAUUUUCUCAAUACAAGUUUUUUAUCAUUUAGAAUACCAUUAUGGAACAUGAUGAUAUAUUUACACGAACACUUGAAAUAGAAAGUUGCGGAAAAACAUUAACAUUGUAUCAAAAAAAUGUUGGUGAUGUUAAUUGUGUUGUAUGGGAUGCUGCACUUGUUUUAGCAAAAUAUUUAGAUAUUUCAUGUCAGAAAGAAAAAAAUUGGUUACAAGGAAAAAAAAUUUUGGAGCUUGGUGCGGGAGUUGGAUGUGUUGGAAUGACAGUAGCAUGUUUGGGAGCUCAAGUGAUGGUAACUGAUCUAGAAAGUACUAUGCCAAUGUUGGAGAAAAAUAUUAUGAUGAAUAAAAGUCAAUGGAAAGAUACUAAUGGCUCAGUUAACGCUCAAAUAAUGAAAUGGGAAGAUGAAUCGAUAUUUGAUUCAUUAAAAAAAUUUAGUCCUGAGAUUAUCAUUCUAUCUGAUUGUAUAUACUAUAUGGAAUCAAUUGAUCCAUUAAUUAUGACAUUAAAAAGGAUAUGUGAUAACGAAUCAGCAGCAUAUGUACUUUUAUCUCAAGAAUUGAGAGAUACACCUCGACAAAUAUCUAUUUGGCAAUAUUUUUUAGAUAAUGUUAAAAAUUAUUUUCACCUAAAUGUUAUUUCUCAAUCUGAACAACAUCCAAUAUAUUCUAGUAUUGAUAUUAAUUUGAUAAAAAUGACUAGGAGACAAUAAAAUAUGAAAUUAACUGUAAAUUAGGUAUUGCCUAUAAUAAUGAUUUUCAUAUCUAUUUUAUAAGUUACUUGUUUAAUAAA